ACAAUAUCUACUUACAUUUUAUAAAUAUACCACAUUUUGAAAUUUUUAGCUGUUGGUGGUCCGAUCCGGGAUUAAUACCUACUAACUGAAAAGAUUUAUUGACUGUAAAUUGUAACAAGUACAUAAGUACGGGUCAAGACUAAACGAGACUAAAUUAACUGAACACUUAAAAAUAUUACUUAAGUACCGAUAUUCUUUUUCCGCUUUUCUAUAUUUAUCUUAAGUUACAGAGUGUUUUAAAUUAGUUUCUGACUGCCUGUCACAGAAUCAUCAGGUAGAAUUUCAAUAUUGCUAGUUAUUGGAUAACACGUAUUUAGUAUUGACUGAAAACUUUUUUCAUUUCAUAAUUUUAUUGCAUUUUAUAUUUAUUUUGUCAUUGGUUAUGUUUCUAAAAUAUAACAAAAAGCUAAUUACAAUACUUGAGAGAUAAUACAAACAUAUUUAUUAAUUAUGUCUGUAUUAUUAUAAGCUACUUACUCAGCUGCUUUAUGUUAAUUAACAAUUAACAUAAAGCAGUUAAGUUACAAUUUUAAAUAUCAAACAUUGUCAAAGUAGAAAAAUCUAGAAAUACUUAUUGUUUAAAAUUUAUUUUAGUUCAAUAGAUAGUUUGGAUUUUUUUAGAUCUCAAUUCUUUUAUCGGUGAAGUCGACUACCACGCAUAUUCUUAAUGGUAUUGGCUCCCAUGUUUCACAAAAUUGUGUUUUUGAUAAGAUAUCAUUAGGUAACUUUUGUAUCAUAUGAUAUUCAUCAUUUAAAAGUGGUCUGUAUAAUUAAUAUUUUUUCCUGUUUUUUUUUAACGUAAAAAAAUUGGGCAAAUUGCCUCCCCUAUUCCACAACCCCAUCGCCUAUCUAUAGAUGUAGGUAAAUGCAAUAAUUAAGCAAAUAAGGUACAUAAUAUGCUAAUGAAUCCUUCCAUACGUAUACCGACCUACCACUUUUGUUGUGAUUAUGUUCAAUCAUUAAUUAUAUCUAUUAAAUCUUAAUAAACAACAGGUCCGAAUCUAAACUCUUGUAAAUAACCACAUCCAAAUGAAUUACUAUAAAAGAAAAACUACAACGAUCCAAUGUUAAAAAAAAAAUGUGCUGCAAAUGUAAAAUAUUAGAAUAAACAAUUUUAUCUUCUAGUAUAUUCCAAACCUGUUUUAUUUGCGUUUGAUUACCACAUUAGGAUAUCGGGCUUUAAUUGAUUUAAAAUCUGCAAACUGCAUAAAUCCUAUGAGAAACUAAUUGUGCGCGUAAUUGGAAAAUUAUGCGCGCUGAAAUCAGCAUCAAAAUGAAUUUUAAUGUUUAGAAUAGAUAACGAAUAAUAUUGUGCAGUGCGUAAUAUUCUGGUUAUUUCGUGAAACUAUGAAGCUUUUGGUAGUUCCCUCCUUGCCUCUACUGUUAUGCGUUUUGGUGGCAGCAAAGCGAUAUAAGAAAACUCAAUCCGAAUCCGAUUAUAGUGAUAGUCACGAAAUAAUCCGCAAGAACACCAGUUUUGAUCUUAGAGGAAGUCUAAAAAGGUCUUUUGCUUUGGGGGCGGCACUAACAGAUCCUCAAGAGAAUGUAUUGUGUUCGCCGCUGUCGGCACUUCUGCCUCUGGGCAAACUGGUGUUCGGUGCCGAAGGGCAAGCACGUCAGGAGAUCACAGCCACAAUUGGUAUCAGGAAACGUAAACAAGUAAAGAAAGUGUUCACGAAAUUAAUUCAAGAUUUAAAAUUUUUACCUGGAGUAGUAUUGGACGUAGCCAGCCGAAUAUAUUUAGCAAAAAAAACUAAACUAAACUCAAAUUUUAGUAAGAACGUAAAAAGCACUUUCCAGUCUGAUGUAGAAAAAGUCUCCUUCGAUAAACCGAGAGAGGCUGUUGACGAAAUUAAUGCAUGGGUAGCAAGGCAGACUAAUAACAUGAUACCAACAAUUUUGGCGCCUGGAGAUAUUUCCCCAUCGACGUCUAUGAUUCUUGUUAAUGCCAUAUACUUUUCGGGCAAAUGGAAGUAUGCUUUCCAGAAAGUAUUUAGUUCUACAUUCUUGUCUCCUAAGGGUCCGCUCAUCAUUCCAAUGAUAUCGAAUGUUGCGGACUACAAUUAUUAUGAGAGCAAAAUUUUAAAAUCUCAGAUUUUAGAAAUUCCGUACGAAGGUAACGCAGCGUCAUUUAUCAUAGUGCUUCCCAUUAUGAAAGAUGGGCUUCAAGUUUUACUUCGAAGUCUGAAACUGGCGCCAGAAAUUCUCAACUCAGAGAUGAGGAGUUUAACAUCGAUUCGUAUGGAGGUGUCAAUACCAAAGUUUAAAAUUCAAAGCGAGAUGGAUUUAAAGGUUUUAUAUGAAAAGAUAGGUCUACGAACUAUAUUUAACAAUAAACAUUCAGGGUUGACAGGAAUAGUGAAGGAUAACACAGUGUAUGUCUCGAAAGCCGUUCACAAAGCUGUAAUAGAAGUAAAUGAGAAAGGCACAGAAGCAGCGGCUUCUUCUGCUAUUAGUAUAGGGUUUGUGACAUUAAAUAUGAGGUUUAUCGCCGAUCAUCCGUUUCUAUUCUUCGUGAAAGUAAAAGGAGAACAAUUAUUCGCUGGCAUAUACAAUGGACCUUGAAGAGAGAUUCCGUAUGUUAUCAACAAACAAUUUCUACAUGAACAUCAAACUACUUGCAAUUUGAUUUUGUUUAUUAUUGACGUAGUGGAGUGCAUUUUAAUAUAAUGCUGACUAACCUAACCAAUGUACGGUUAUUGGUACGAAUAACAUUUUAUUCGCUUGAGUCAAUACUGUAUACGGUUUUGCUAUUUUUAUUUGCAUUCCCGUUAUUGCUUCGAUAUUUUAUUGGAUCUCUGCCUCUCACCCGAGUAAUAAAAAUAUAUUUCUAUUCGCA